AUGAUGCUCGAAGGAGUCGCAUUCAUCACCGGUGCCGCAUCAGGCAUCGGAAAAGCCACCGCCUAUGCCCUCGCCCGACACGGCGUCCGCCAGCUCGCCAUCGCCGAUGUUAACUUCGCCGCGACACAGGAAAUCGCCCAGGACAUUGAGGCCCGCUUCAGUGGAGUGAGAGCGCUGCCGCUGUGCAUUGACGUGACUGAUCCGGUCUCUAUUCAUGAGGCUGUAUCAGAGACGGUGAAGCAAUUCGAGAGGAUCGAUUAUGCGGUCAAUAGGAAGACGUUGGGGGUCAAUUUGCAUGGGGAGUGGAUGUCGAGUCGGGAGGAGAUUAAGGUGAUCAUGGGGCAGGAGAAGAGGGGUGAUAGUCCCCGUUCAUCACGAGGUGUCAUUGUCAAUGUGGCAUCUGCAUAUGGUCUUGUCGCGACGCCGGUCAAUAUACCCAUCGUUUCUUAUACGGCUGCGAAACAUGGUGUGGUUGGCAUGACCAAAGCUGAUGCUAUUGUCUACGCGCCUCUGGGGGUCAGGAUCAAUGCUAUCUGUCCUGGUUAUGUUCAGACACCGAUGAUCGAUCAGAUGCCCGAUGAAGUGAUGCGAAAGGAAGUGGCGAGAGUCCCCGUGGGGAGAUUGGCGGAUGCAGAGGAAAUUGCGGACACGAUUACGUUCAUGUUGUCGCCGAUGAGUAGCUAUAUGUAUGGGUCUGCGUUGGUGGUGGAUGGGUAG